AUGCAAUCCUCCCGCACAGCCAAGUCUGCUGGCGCCUUGCUGCGCACCCGCCGCUUCGCAACGUCGUCGUCGAGCCCGCCGUCUAGGAGCCACCGCGUUGUCGUCGUCGGCGCUGGCACAGCAGGCCUAGCCAUCGGCCACCAGCUCCUGCGUCGCGGGGACUUUGCCGCGAGCGACAUCGCCCUGGUCGACCCUGCCACGUGGCACCACUACCAGCCCGGGUGGACGCUGGUCGGCGGAGGCCUCAAGAACAAGGAGGACCUGCGGAGGCGGCUCGACGAGCUGGUCGACCCCAAGCUGCGGCUGUACAAGUCGGCCGUCGCCUCGGUCGCGCCAGGCGACAACCUGGUCCGGCUGUCCGACGGGGACGUGCUGAGCUACGAGCAUCUCGUGGUUGCGCCGGGGCUGACCGUCGACUACGACAGCGUCGAGGGCCUGCGCGAGGCCUUGCGCUCCGACGGGCCCGUGUCGACAAUCUACAGCUACGACAGCUGCGACAAGGCCUUCCGGACGAUCGAGGGCCUCGCCGGCGGAACCGCCAUCUUCACCCAGCCCGCCGGCGUCAUCAAGUGCGCGGGCGCGCCCCAGAAGAUCAUGUGGCUCGCCCUGCACCGCUGGAAGCAGGCGGGGCUGUACGACGGCUCCGGCUCCGGCUCCGGCCCCGGCCCCGGCUCCGCCAUCCGCAUCAGCUUCGCCACCGGCCUGCCCGCCAUGUUCGCCGUGCCCAAGUACGCCGCCCGUCUGGAGCAGCUGCGCCGGGAGAGGGGCGUCGAGGGCCUGUUCCAGCACGACCUGGUGGCCGUCCGCGGCAACGAGGCGACCUUUGCGCGGCCCAACGGCGACGCCGUCGUCCGCAAGUUCGACCUGCUGCACGUGACGCCCAAGAUGGGCGCGCCGGCCUUCAUCCGGGAGAGCGGCCUCGCCAACGCCGCCGGCUACGUGGACGUGGACGACGGCACCCUGCGCCACGCCCGCUUCCCCAACGUCUGGUCCGCCGGCGACGCGUCCAGCCUGCCGACGUCCAAGACGGCCGCGGCGGUCACGGCCGAGGCCCCCGUCCUGGUGCGCAACCUGCUGCGCGCCAUGGAGGGCAAGGAGCCGGACGCGUCGUACGACGGCUACACGUCGUGCCCGCUGGUGACCGAGUACGGCAAGGUGCUGCUGGCCGAGUUCAAGUACGGCGGAGAGCCAAAGGAGACGUUUGACGACUGGCUGGGCGUCGACCAGGCAGAGCCUCGGCGGGCCUUUUACCACCUCAAGAAGGACUUUUUCCCCUGGGUCUACUACGCUUCCAUGGUGAAGGGGACGUGGGGAGGGCCCAGAGGCUGGAUCAACUAG